UAAAUAUGUAUGGCGAUGAUUACGAAUGUUGCACGACUGCAGGUUGGUUAAUAAUACAUUUGUGUUGCAGCAGGUUAUAACGUGAUUUCGCUGGAGGCAUUUGAGACAUUUAUGUGCCUGGGCAAUUUGGUGAUUUUUGCCUAUUGAUUUACGGCAGCAGAGAUUGUUGUAGAAGAUAUAAAUGGAGCAUAGCCGUUCGGAACAGAUGAUGGCGUAAACUGUCGGCAGGAAAGACGCAGGGAGAAGUAAAGAUUAGUUCAAUGAUGUACGAUGACGGCACAAAUAUUGCCGCAAAUUUUUUCUUUUUCUAGAAUUCAAGGUAUGAAGUUUUGUUUGGCAAAUAAGUCUUAGCCGGAUUUCCCGGUGAUUAAGUCUGAGAAAGUAUAAAUCAGUGAAAAUGUGGCAAAAUCUCCUAAACUAAAUCGAUAAUAAAGCACUCUGUCAAAAGAGUGAAUUUACUUGAAAAGUUUGCCACAAAACAUCCAGUAUGGCAUUGUAGUCGGCUUUGGCAGCUUAUUAUUGGAAUAUAUGUCCAAAGUUGGUAUUACUGCACCAAAGCGCUUUGUGCUCAUUUCGCACUAAGAUAAGCCAAUUAUGACCGUCAUGCCCAUUUUUUGCAUACAGAAUUUAAAACUUCUCUACUUAAACGUGAGACCGCAGUUUUUGUUGUUCUUGUAUAAUUUAUUUCUCUAACUACGUCGAUUUUUCUUCUUGCUUGGCUUUGUUCGAGUAAUUUAAAAUCUUCUGUAGCAAACAGAACAAGGAAACAUACCGGAAGAAAGAAAAUGAGAUCUCGUUUUCAUAAACAGAACGAAGCAGUUAGAACGCAAGGAUAGCGAUUGAUUACAAUAACAAAAAAUUACACAAACUCCGCUCCGAUAUUUUGUAACUUUCAGCAUUUAAUAAUUAACCCUUCGAAUAAAUUUAAUACUGUAAAAGUCGAGCGAACAAAUAUUUAACAAGUCUUGUUUAAACGAAAUGAAUUAAAAAAAUCUUUGAAGUAUUAUACUCCUUAAAUAUGUCUUUUGAGAUACAGAAGUUAAUUAAUUCCAAGCACUUGCUUUGCUUUAAAUGAAAACACGUCGUAUUUUAAGAACAUGUCAUUUUUAAAUGCUUUAUGACCUCGAAAAAAAUCAGCCUUUGAUACCGGUCGGAUAAGCAAAGCUUGCUCCCACUCCCACCCCACUGCCCAUCACCCCACCCUACCACUACCAGUUCUUCAACUUUCUAAAGUGGAAGGGGACGCUGUAUAUAAACAGCGGCCGCUGCACCCAAAAAUCAGUUUAUUCCUAGCUUUCCACGAUGUACCAAGUGUUUCCUUUCCUCGUCGCUGCGAAUUUCGCCCUGCCGAAGCUCCGUCUGCCCGUGGAGAUGUGGUCCACCAUUUUUCGGUUUUUAGACCCUUCGUCCCUUCUGAACGUUGUUCGAACUGAUGGCCUGUGGAGGGAAGUCAGUCACGGGGAUCCUGUCUUGCGAAGAACAAUCCAAGAAGAACUGGUUGCCGAACGUCGAAGACAACGACAAGAGAUUCUGAAUCCGGGUUUGCUGAUGACGGUCGAGCGCAAAGGACCAGCGGAAAUGUUCGGAACCAACGGCACGAAAACGGUCCGGUGCAGGGCUCCAACAGUGGUCCAACAACCACCCGUGGAAUUUUUACGACCCGCCAAACGACGGCGCAAUGGAGGACUGCAACCCAGCGAGAAAAAUUCUCAAACUCGUCCUCGUAAAUUGUUAAGACUGUAGAAUUGUAAAUAUUUUUGUACAUAAGGAAAAUAAUUGUAAAAAGUUGUGUUAGGGACGAAAAUAAAUUUC